ACUCUCGAAUUGGGAGAACUGGAGCGUCUACUGCUGCAAGUCCAAAUGCAAGCACAACAACAACAACAACAACAGAUCUCAUUGCAACCGGUACAGCAGCAGAGACAAGUUCCGGCUGCGCCCCUCACACGCAGCCUCGCCACCCUCGCUACUGGAGGCCUGACAACCCAGCAGCUAGGCCGGGUUAGCGCAGGUGCUUCGAGUGAUGCGAUAAUGGCGAUGGACCAACAGCGCCGAUUGACCCUUCAUCGGGCACGUUUGGCGCUCACUGAACAGGAGAAACGGCUGUUUGAUGAGUUGCGCAGCCUCCGGACACAACAGGUGAACGUAUCCUCUGAGCGACUUGGCCCAGCGACCUCAGCUGAAGCCGAGGCCGGGCUCGCCAGAUACGGUGGAGCCAUGCGGAUGGGCUUGAGUCUGGGCUGGCGGGAAACCGGAGAGAUGACAGGCUACCGGGGACGGGGCCGAGGUCGGGGUCGAGCCCAAACGGGCAGAAGUCUUUCUUCUCUGGGCAGAUCUGGAUCAGGCUCGACACGCGAACAGCUCCUUCGGCUAUACUCGGAUGCCUCAGCUGAAUUAGGCUGUCUAGCCGGCGGGCCUGGGGAUGAUGUGCUCCUUGAGUCGAUUCCAGGCGGUCCUAUAGUGACGGCGUCUCUGGGCCAGACUGGAACGAUGAUGAGACAACGUCACUACUCGGAAUCGGCGCUUGCUGAAAAUGCUGAGUUGACAGGGCUGGUUAGUCUAAAUAAAUUCUUGAAUUCGCCUAAUCGGAAAUCGAAGGAAGACUGCUUAGCAAUUGUGGUUAUUGAAUUGCGCGAUGAAAUCCUCGGCCCACUGUCCUCCGAGCCCCAUCCAUCCGCGCCUAGCCUUCAUUUAUCCCGCGUUGUCAGGCCUCUUCAGAACAGCCCUUCUCCAAACAAGAAGCCAAAAUCGGCGUUCGAAUACCCAUUAUCCGAUGAUUCGGUCGCCCUACAGGCUUGUAGAGGCGUGAAGUCGGUGAUAAUGUUGUGA